AGGAACACAAAUACAAUACUCUUCUUUCCCUUCCUUCCUCUCUUGUUAAUUAAUCUUUUUUUCAUCCCAUCCAAACUUCCUUAAAUAUUUGAGAAACUGAGAGGUGUGGUUUUUUAAAACUAGGGCAAGUGUGAAUUUGUGAUGGAUCCAUAAAUAAAGUUUUUUUUUAAUUUGAAAUUAAGUUCAAUGGUUCUGUCCUCUGCAUGUGGGGAUUCAUGAAAAUGGUAUAGCUAAUGACCCCACAAUCUUUGUUUUCAAUCUGUAUGUAAGUAUGCACGGCAGGAAGGCCUUUUUGUGAAGAGAGGAAUCUUGUUGACCACCUUAUCCAGAUAAACCAGCCUCCUCCAUGUGCCUGGAAUUCCCCUCUCUCUCUCUCUCUCUUUAACACUCUCGUCUGCCUAUUAACUGUUUGAAGUUGAAUAUGACAGUUCGAGUUCUAUGAAGAUGGUUGAGCUAAUCAAGAAUUGACUCGUUACAGGUGUUUAACAAUGCAAAAUGAAAUGGAAUUUCUCACUGCAGAAAUCUUCUAAAGUGUGACAAAAAAAAAAGAUUAAUUCUUUGACUAGAAACGUAUGUGCUUGGUUGGAUAACCAUAGUGAUAGUGCCACUGUGUUUUUCCUUUUUCCUGAGGCACUUAACGACUGACCUAUCGACAAUUGUCUGCAUGAUAAAAAGAAUGGUUUUGUUUUACUUUAAAAACAAUCUCCUUCAGAACAUUUCAUGAGCUAAGUGGCAGAGAAAGGAGGAAGCAAGGGCACACUAUCAAAAGUACCCACUCGAGCAUCUCCACAUAAAGAUACCAUCGCAAUUGUGCCGAUGUAACCUUAUUUUAAACAGCACAUCCUCCUCCUCCGCACCAAAAAACCAAUUUUUGCCUCUCGGAAAUGGCGUCUCCGCUUCUCCUCUCCAUCUCAACCCCUUUCCGCCUCUCCUCUCCCCAUCGCUUCCCUUCUCUCUGCAACGGCGCGACCCACUCGCUCCGCCGUGCCCCUUCCCUUCCCUUUCCUCAACCCUCAGACACACCUCGCCUUUGGCGCCCCAGUCCGUGCGGUUCCCUUCGGUUUGUGGCUAGCGUUCGUGCUGGAGGGACCUCCAUUGGCGGAGCGGAAUCGGAGAAUCCCUUGCCCGAUGAAUCUCCCGUCGGCGAAGAUUCUGCAGCGUUCGAACUGAGGGAGCAGAAACUCUCUUCCUGGGUCUAUUUCACCGCCAUACUCGGUGUCGUGCUCGGUGCGCUUAACAUUCUGUGGAUUAGCCCGUCCACCGGGUUCGGCGCCGCAUACAUCGAUGCCGUUUCUGGACUUUCAGAGAACCCGGAGAUUGUGCUGUUGAUGCUUGUUUUCAUUUUUGCUGCUGUCCAUAGUGGUUUGGCUAGUCUUCGAGAUUCUGGUGAAAAGCUCAUUGGAGAGAGGGCUUUCCGAGUUAUAUUUGCUGGGGUUUCACUUCCUUUGGCAGUUAGUACUAUCGUUUACUUCAUCAAUCAUAGAUAUGAUGGUACUCAAUUGUGGCAACUUCAGAAUGUUUUUGGAAUCCAUGAGCUAGUGUGGUUCUCAUCCUUCAUUUCUUUCUUCUUUCUCUACCCAUCCACCUUCAAUCUGUUGGAAGUUGCUGCCAUCGAUAAGCCAAAAUUGCAUCUCUGGGAAACAGGAAUCAUGAGAAUCACUAGACACCCUCAGAUGGUCGGGCAGGUAAUAUGGUGCUUAGCACAUACCCUAUGGAUCGGAAACACAGUAGCAGUGGCAGCCUCUAUCGGCUUAAUAGCUCACCACCUGUUUGGCAUUUGGAAUGGUGAUAGGCGAUUGGCAUUGCGAUAUGGUAAACAAUUUGAAGAUUUAAAGAGAAGAACAAGUGUGAUUCCAUUUGGUGCCAUCUUAGAUGGACGCCAAAAGUUACCUGAUGAUUACUACAAGGAAUUUCUCCGGCUUCCUUAUUUGACAAUCACAGCUCUGACUCUUGGUGCAUAUUUGGCACAUCCACUGAUGCAAGCGUCCAGUUCUCAACUUCAUUGGUGAUCAGUUGUAUGCUUGUAUUACUGAUUAUAUAAAUUAAUUUGGGUGAUGAAGAAUGAUGUGUCAUUGCAAUAUUAAA